GAAUCUUCUAAGGUUCUUAAAGUGAAUAUUUACGGGCAUAGAUACUAGCAAUAAUUCGAGAUCAGUUGGAUUGAGAAUAUAUACCCAAAUGAAACAAAACUUCAGGAAUCGUAGUUUUAAGCAAUCGGUUGCAUCGCUUUGUCACUGGAUUCUCUUCGGUUCCAUCUCUUAUUAUUAUUAUUUUUUUCUCUUUUUUCAUCUUCAUGGAAGAGACAAAAGCUUCAUUACAUUACAAUAAUGGGUUUACCUUGGAAAGAUCUGUCUUUUCAUAAAUGGUUUGAGCCUUGGUUUUUCCAAAAAGAUUAUUUUUAUCCCUAUCCCUGCAAGAAUAGUUCAAAGUGUUGCAUAUAAGAGAGACUUUUGUGGCAACUUUGAAUUCAAAAGAUUGUUGGUUAUCCAUCCGAUAUGCAUCGAUCUUUCCUCUUUUCUGUGGAUUCUGCGUGUAAUUUGCGCGGAUCAUGUACUUUUUAAGGGCUCCAUUGCAAACAGAAUGGAUUUCGAUACUAAGAACUGAAACCGAACUCACCUUUUGGUUUCUGUUUCUUGCUGUAACUUGUAAAAUGAGCAGCAGCCACAAGAUUAGCUGCCAAGAAAGAGCUCAACUAAACCAUGGAUUUGACGGCGAUCAGUUUCAGCCUUUUCGAAUGGGAACUUGUUUUCAAGAACCUGAAAUGGAAGGAGGGUCGCAGCAGCCGAGCUUUGGACAGUCUAAUCCAUCAGGGACAAUCCUCAGCGGCCUUGGAUCACCAGUUUCUGCUUUCUAUGCAACUGAAAGAUGCAUGGGACUUUCACAAAGUGAGUACCAAUCUGAAAACCCCCCUUUGUGCUCCCAACAGCCCCGGGAUUGCGAUCUGCAAGCCCUGUCGUAUCAGUCUUCUGGGGAUGGCUUUUAUUUUGAUCCACCGGAUCAAGCUCAUCCCAGCUUCCAGUCCAAAGAUGUCCCGGAAUCAGGUGUCAAAUCCCACUUUGGUAGCAACCAAAACUAUGCUUCUUCUGAAAGAUCUGACAGAAUUCCAUCGAACAAUUUCUUCGAAGAAGAGCGCAUUUUGCAGCUGAAAAGAAAAUUGCUCGAUGACUUGGAUAAUUCAGGAAGGGAGCAUCCUUCAUAUCCUUCCAACAGAGCUCAAGAUCUCAGUGUGUUUCACAACCUGUAUAAUUCCCAAUUUGGACAUUUGAGGCAGCCUGCUAGACCACCAGGAGACGUUUCGGUUCCUUUAGCUAAUUCUGUUCCCUCCUCUGCAGCAGUGCUCUCCAGUAAAACAAGAAUUCGUUGGACUCAAGAUCUUCAUGACCGGUUUGUUGAGUGUGUAAACUGCCUUGGUGGUGCAGAGAAGGCAACACCAAAGGCAAUACUGAAGCUAAUGGACUCGGAUGGAUUGACCAUCUUCCAUGUGAAAAGUCACCUGCAGAAAUAUCGAAUUGCAAAGUACAUGCAAGAGUCAGCACAAGCAACAUCUGAGAAGAAGACCGAUAUGAAUGAUGCAGAGCAGACUGAUGCUAAAACUGGCAUGCAACUCAAGGAGGCGCUACAAAUGCAACUAGACGUCCAGAGGCAUCUACAUGAGCAGCUAGAGAGGAAUUUGCAGCUGAGGAUUGAAGAACAAGGGAGGCAGCUCAAGAUGAUGUUUGAUCAGCAACAAAGAAGGAAUACGAGUUUUUUCGAAGCUCAGAAUUCGAAUACCACUUCCCCUGAUGACUCGACAACCAGUCUCGAUGAACUGCAAGUUCCAACAGCUGAUGGCUCCUUAAACACUCACUUCCCAUCCAAAAUAAGUUAGCCUCCACAAUCGGAUAGCUUUUUCUUUUCAUACAUACACAAGAAGUUAAAGUGUUCUAAGAAAGCUUAUUCAAUAAUACAUGGCUAAAACAGAAUCAGCAGAAAUUGAUUGGGGAAACAAAAUGCAUGCAAUUGCUUAAACUUGUGCUUCUAAGCUUAAUGAAUGUUGCAAAAGUUCGAAAUGACAAGAAUUUCAUGCACUGAAAUGUAACAUAAAUUACCAAAACUGUGGCUAUCCGGCAGUGGUGGGAAGUUAAAAGCUUCCCAUUGUUUCUCCCCGCAUUCGCAGUAGUUUCACUGCCUCCUUGU